CGUGACAAAUUUGGUAUCAGAGCUCUAGGUUUAUCGGUCUCAAGAGUACAAGAGCAAUGUCUAGUAGAGUCUUGCGGAUCGGUAUGAAGACGUCCAUACCUAUCUUCGAGAGGCUAUAGGACAUUUAGGAAAUAUUCUGUUCUUUUAUUCCUUAUCGUGCACACUUGACCUUGUAGAAAUUCUAAUCUUGAUAUCUCAUUCUCUCUCAGAUGGCGAGGAAUCGUACGUCGGCAAGUGGUGGUCAGUAUCCUAAUCCUGCGUCUGCUUCUGGGAACCCUAUCCGAGGUAGAGGUAGGGGACGAGCUCGAGGUCGGGGUAGGGGCCGUAUUGCAGCACCUGUGGGUGGUCAAGUACCAAUAGCUACCCAGGGUCAUGAUAGGACCGUGCCUCCUGAUGCAGAUGUUCUUCAUGGGGAUGUGCAAGAUCGUGUCGAGGGGGAUGGGCCAGCUCAGGCUCCAACAAGUACUAUUGUUCCCCCAGUGCUUCAAGAUACCCUGGCUCGUAUGUUAGGAAUCCUAGAGGGGAUGGCCCAGGCAGGAGCUUUGCCUGUCACUUCUGAUGGCUCACAGACCCGUGUUGGAGGUCAAACUCCAGAUCCGAUAGUUGCUCCAGAUUCUCAGACUCCCAGGACUCAGCCAGCUGCCGCUGUAGCUCCUCGUUUGGAUAGUAUGGAGUUUCCAGAUAUGACAUCACAUUUGGUGAACAGGCCUUCUAUGACUAUUGAUGAGCAAAAGAUGUUUGGGAGGUUCAGACUAAUGAAUCCUCCUACUUAUACUGGUGACUUAGCUGAGGAUGCAUAUGAGUUUAUAGUUAGUUGUCAUGAGAGGUUGCAUAAUCUUGGAUUAGUGGAGUCUCAUGGAAUUGACUACACAGCGUUUCAGAUGACUGGCUCUGCUAAGCAGUGGUGGAGGGAUUAUAUUAGUAGUAGGCCAGCUGGAUCUCAUCCACUAUCCUGGACUGAGUUUACUCAGGUAUUUCUAUCCAAAUUUGUUCCACGCAGUGAGAGGGAGCGCAAGAGGGCCGAAUUUGAGGGUUUGCAGCAAAAUGGUAUGUCAGUUGCAGAGUAUGAGGGUAAAUUUCAUGCCUUGGCUAGGCAUGCUUCGAUGAUACUUCCCACAGAGGCUGAGAGAGUGAGGAGGUUUGUUAAGGGGCUGAUUAUUCCAAUUCGUCUAGGAGUUUCUCAGGUUGCUGCUUCUGGUGUUCCAUUCCAGAAAGUGGUAGAUGCUGCUAAGGAGUUGGAGAUGAUUCGACGUGAGGGAUUUGAGCAGCGAGAGGGCAAGAGGACUCGUUAUUCAGGUGAUUAUGGUGGUGCUCCGUCUAGGAGUCGGGGUUACUUGGGCAGAGGUUAUCACCCUCAGUCCAGCAGACCCAUUCAUGCUGCCAUACCAGCGUCUGAGGCUGGUUGCGCUGGGCAUAACUCUUUGAGCUCGGUACAUACUUCGCAGGGUUCAUCUUCUAGACCUGUAGUUCGUGGAGGGCAUUCUGGACAUUCCGGUUCCUCUCAUCAGCCGGCGUCUCGUAGGGGUUGCUUUGAGUGUGGUGAUAUGGGACACUUUGUGAGAGACUGCCCUAGGACCAGACGUGGUGGCUUACAUCAGGGUUCUCAGGUUUCGACUUCCAGGGCUGCACAACCUCCAGCUAGGGGUGGUGCACAGAAUGGUAGAGGUGGUUCUCAUUCAGGUAGAGGUGGUUCUCCUUCUGGUCGAGGUGGUGGUCGUGGAGGUCCACAAUCUGAUGGAAGUCGUUCUCACUGUUAUGCUUUUCCAGGUAGGCCAGAGGCUGAAGCCUCAGACGCUGUUAUCACAGGUAUUAUUCCGGUUUGUCAUCGACCAGCUACUGUAUUAUUUGAUCCAGGCUCUACUUAUUCUUAUGUGUCCACAUAUUUUGCUCCUAGUCUGGAUAUAUUGUGUGAGUCUCUUGAUUUGCCGAUACGUGUUUCUACUCCUGUCGGGGAUUCUGUAGUUGUAGAUCGAGUGUAUCGUUUAUGUACUGUUACUUUGAUGGGGUAUGACACUCAUGCAGAUCUAAAGGUCUUAGAAAUGAUAGAUUUUGAUGUGAUUCUUGGUAUGGAUUGGUUAUCUUCUUACCACGCAAUUUUAAAUUGUCAUGCCAAGACCAUCACUUUAGCUAUGCCCGGAAUUCCUAUAGUAGAAUGGAGAGGUACUCUUAGUCAUCCUUCUAAGGGUGUGAUAUCAUUCCUUAAGGCUCGUCAGUUGGUACAGAGAGGAUGUUUGGCUUACUUGGCCCAUAUUCGAGAUACUAGUAUUGAGACUCCUAUGCUUGAGUCUAUUCCAGUGGUGAGUGAAUUUUCAGAGGUAUUCCCGACCGAUUUGCCAGGUCUUCCACCAGAUCGUGAUAUUGAUUUUUGUAUCGAUGUGGAGCCAGGCACUCGGCCUAUUUCUAUUCCUCCUUAUCGUAUGGCACCGGCUGAAUUGAAAGAGUUGAAGGAGCAAUUGCAGGAUUUGUUGAGCAAAGGUUUUAUUAGACCAAGUGUAUCUCCUUGGGGUGCUCCAGUGUUAUUUGUGAAGAAAAAAGAUGGAUCUAUGCGUAUGUGUAUUGACUAUCGACAGUUGAACAAGGUAACCAUUAGAAAUAAGUAUCCGAUACCUCGUAUUGAUGAUUUAUUUGAUCAAUUACAGGGCGCUUCAGUUUUCUCCAAAAUUGAUUUGAGAUCGGGCUAUCAUCAGCUGAAGGUUAGGGCGGAGGAUAUCCCUAAGACGGCUUUUCGAACACGUUAUGGUCAUUACGAGUUUUUGGUGAUGUCUUUCGGAUUGACUAAUGCCCCAGCAGCUUUUAUGGACUUGAUGAAUGGAGUGUUCAGACCAUAUUUAGAUUCCUUUGUUAUUGUCUUCAUAGAUGAUAUAUUGAUAUACUCACGCAGUAAGGAGGAACACGAGCAUCAUUUGAGGAUUGUUCUUGGGAUUCUAAAGGAGAAGAAGCUUUAUGCAAAGUUUUCAAAGUGUGAGUUUUGGCUUAGUUCGGUAGCAUUCUUGGGACAUGUAGUGUCCAAGGAGGGUAUCAUGGUGGAUCCUAAGAAGAUUGAGGCGGUUAGAGAUUGGGUCAGACCUGCUUCAGUUACUGAGAUUCGGAGUUUCUUGGGCAUUGCAGGUUAUUAUCGACGGUUUGUUGAGGGUUUCUCAUCCAUUGCAUCUCCAUUAACUAGACUGACACAGAAGGAGGUGACUUUUCAGUGGUCUGACGAAUGUGAGGUUAGUUUCCAAAAGCUCAAGACUUUAUUGACUACUGCUCCGAUUUUAACCCUACCCGUGGAGGGAGAGGGUUUUGUCGUAUAUUGUGAUGCUUCUCGGAUUGGUCUUGGUUGUGUAUUAAUGCAGAAGGGAAAAGUGAUAGCUUAUGCUUCGAGACAGUUAAAGGUUCAUGAGAAGAACUACCCUAUUCAUGAUUUAGAAUUGGCGGCUGUGGUGUUUGCAUUAAAGAUUUGGAGGCAUUAUCUUUAUGGGGUGCAUUGUGAGGUGUUCACGGAUCAUCGUAGUCUCCAGUAUAUAUUCAAUCAGAGGGAUCUAAAUUUGAGGCAGAGGAGAUGGUUGGAGUUGCUCAAAGACUACGAUAUGACUAUUCUUUAUCACCCAGGCAAAGCAAAUGUUGUAGCAGAUGCCUUGAGUCGGAAGGCGGUAAGUAUGGGUAGCCUAGCCAUGUUACAGGUUGGCGAGCGUCCCUUAGCUAGGGAUGUCCAAUCCCUGGCCAAUAGCUUUGUGAGACUUGAUAUUUCAGGAUCUGGUAAGGUGUUGGCUUAUAUGGAGGCUAGGUCAUCCUUGUUGGAGCAGAUUCGGGCUCAACAGUUUGAUGAAGGAGUUGGGCACUCGGGUGGAUCUUAG